CCUGUUGAGUAGCUUCAUGACAGUCAAGAGGUUACCAACGAAAUAACAGUGUGCGCGCUAAUACAUUUUAUUUAGAAGUGAUAUUAUCAUGUAUACAAAUGAACGCAUAUAACUUUUUGUGAAAUAAAGAAAGGAUAUUCAGGUUGAAAAACGCACAGGAAUCGAGAUACUUGUGUUGAUAACUAUUACUCGCGAUAACACCAUUGCGACGAACUUUCACUUCUGGAAAACCCAGAUUAUCUUAAGAUAUCGUCGGUUCAGAACAUAAUGCAUGAAUAAUAAGGAAAUAAAAAUUUUAUUAAAAAUAACGAUUUUUCUGGGAAGAUUUCCUUAACUCAAUAUCCAAAAGGAAAGGUAAGGAUACGAAUGAAGAAUAUGCAAAGAAAAUAUUGUUAAAUAUCUGAUAUUUUAAUUAAAAUAAGAUUACUUUAUCAGAAAAUGUAGUAUUUAUCAAUCAUGAUGGUAGUGAAAAUAUAAAAUUUAUAUUAUGAUACUUCUAUCAUAAAAAAAAAAGAUAGUGAAGAGGUACUUCUUUUGAAAGGCAUUUGAAUUUCGAGGAAAAUGCCAAUACUUUCAAAUUUAUCUCAUCGUUUUCAUAUGUUAACAACCGAUGCGAAACCUGAUCCACCACGAAUACCGAUCGAAGGAUAUACUCACAAUUUAGAACCAAAUACAGUAAACGGUGAUGAAACGAAGACGACCAAAUUCGAAUCUGUUCCAAUUACUACAGAAUCGCAAUUGAAAUUAAAGAACGUAACGUCCCCCGAAAAAGACGACGCAGUACCUAUUACGAGCGCCAAGUCUUCUACCGAAAAACAAGAUCUGAAUGAUACGAAAGGUUCCCAAGAUGAUGCAAAAGAACGUAGAAAACCGAAUAUUAAAACGAAAACAAAAUCGAAACAACGCAAACACUCACAAGGAACACAUGUAGUGAAUUACAAUAUAAUUAAUUCAAACGGUGUAAAAAUUGGCUCUAAAACUAGUUACAUUUGUAAUAUUAAUCAAUAUGCUAAGAAUAAUUCUGAUGCAUCAGAAGAAACAUGGACAAAAAAUACUCGACAAAUGCCAGCAGAAGUAGAACGUUUACGUACUUGUACUGACGAAAUUAAUUUAGAUGAUAUAUUUAUAAUUAAAACUUAUAUUGGACAUGGUUGGAAAGACGUUGCUAGAAAAUUGUUAUAUUCGGACGGUCAAAUUGAACAAUUCGAAGAAAAUUACAAAUUUAGGGGCAUAAGUGAAGUAAUUUAUCAAAUAUUUCUGGAUUGGAAACAAGCUAAUACAAAAAAUGCAGAUAUUGGUAAUUUGAUAAACAUCUUAUGGAUUUGUAAAGAAUACGAUUGUGCAAUACGAUUAGCUUCUGCUCGCAGCGAGUCGACAUAACGCUUUUUAACUUUAUCUUUGUAACAAUAAAUCUUUGAACAAUUUAUCUUUUAAUCGGAUAUAUUCCACAAGUAAUUAUCAUAUUUAUUAGUCAGAAACGAAAAUUAUUUUUAAUUGUAUCCAACUUAUAUUAAUUAUAAUAACUAGAGUAAAAAGUUAACUGCUGUUUCUAUCUGUAAUGUAUAUUGUAUUAAAGAGUCGUUUUAAUAAAUAAAUUCUAUAAUAAAUAUAAUAUAA